CCCUGAAGUGGCUCCGUGUGGAAUCUUUUAUCGCCAACAUUGUUCAUCAGCAGUUUGGGCUGUGUCCGGUCUGGAAACAAGUUAUUAGCAUUUAACACUCAUGGCUGAGGCUAACUACACCUUGAAGGUCAACAAAGACCUGCUGGACCCGAACUUUGAGAGUUACAGGCUGUCUCUGGACCCCAUCCCGACCUACACCGUGGACCUGGACGCAGCUGUGGAGGAGGUGAAGCUGAAGGACUCUCAGUACACCCUGGAACACAUGCGAGCAUUUGGCAUGUACAACUACUUGCACCUCGACCCGUGGUAUGAAGACAGCGUUUUGUUUGUAGACUGCCGAGGGCGGGUUCUGAGCCUCACUGUGACCCUGGACACGGCCCUGGGCAAGCCGAAGGAGGUCUUCAGCAUCGGGUCAGAGUCCAGCCAGGGUGAGGACCGGCUCUGCGCCUCCCUCAGCCUUACCUCGGCGACCUGGGUGGUUCUGUCUGACGGCGGCGGCCGGUUACACCUCCUCCGCACCGGCAAGAGGGGUGACAGCUCUCACAUGAAGUGGGAAGUUCUGUUCAGCGAACGCAUGGGGGAGCCGUUCACCAUCCUGCACAGCGUCUCACACAUCCAGGCCGGCGUGCACGCCGUGGAGGUGCUGCUGCUGCGCGUCCAGACGGACCCACAGGAAACCAAAGGAAGCGGAUACUCUGUGUUUCUGGAGUGGAUCACAGUGGGCAGCGCCGCAGGACACGGUCAGGAGAGGAAGUACGAGGUGAGGAAGAGGAGGGUCCUCAGAGGGAAGUCGGUGCCUCAUUACGCAGCUGUGGAGCCACAGGGGAAGGGACUGAUGGUGGCCUCAGAGAAACCGUUUGUCUUCACACAUGUGGAUGGUCGUCCUGUGGAGCAGCCGGAGCCCAUGGUGGUGGAGAAGACAGAUCCCCUCUACUUUUGGCAGCAGACGGUAGAAGACCUCACCAUCUGCGUUCGCCUCCCUGAGGGCGCCGCCAAGGAGGACGUGAGCUUCAGGCUGACGGUGGACCACAUGAGCGUCGGAGUUCAGGGCUUCGCCCCGCUGCUGGAAGGUCAACUGUAUGCGUCUGUGGACCCCGAGGCCAGCGCCUGGACCAUCAAGAACAACAAAAGUUUGGAGGUAACUCUGCAGAAGCUCAGUGAGGGACCCAUGUGGCCGGAGCUGGUGUUGGGAAACAGGAGAGGGCAGUUUGUGAUGAGCGACGAGCAGACGGCCCUCAUCCAUGAGAGACUGACCCACCUCACCUCUGAAGACCUGAAUGGAAACCCUGACAGGGACAAGCCCCCCUGCAACUCUCAGGAACUGGAGGACUGUGAUGGGUUUCCAGAAGACAGCUUCAGUCUUACACACUUUGAUGAAGAAUCACUCAGACCGACUCAAGUGGUGAACCUCGGCAGCCAUCAGUACCUGUUCACCAUUGACGUGGACCCAUCUAAGAUGCCGUGUCUGUGUCUUCGACACGAUGUGGACGCUCUGGUCUGGCAGCCUCGCCCCGACCGACCCGGUGACAUGUGGGAGCACAUUGCCACGUUUAACGCGUUGGGUUACGUCCAGGCGUCCAAGAGGGAUAAGAAGUUUGCCACCUGCGCUCCAGAUUUCUCCUACGCUACGCUGUGCGAGUGUCUCCGCCGCGCCUUCAUCUACUGCCAGCCGUCGCCCGUGGAGACCAUCCUCUUCAACAGGAAGCAGGGCCGUCAGGUGGGACAGGUUGCCAAGCAACAAGUUGCCAGCCUGGACUGCGACAAACCAAUCCUGGGCUUCAGAGCGUCCAACGAGAGACUGUUCAUCCUGACCUCCUCUACUCUGUUUGUUCUGAAGGUCAAGCAAAAUUAGACUCAGGUUUUCACCUCCCUAACCCCUGAAAUCAUUCCCACCUGAAGGUGUCUCCUCUGAAGAAACUUUCUGGCCUCCAUGUGUCAGUUAGGAGUCUCUCCUCAUGUAUUGAUGUGACUGUGCGUGCAGGAAGGUGAUUAAAUACCAUGAAUUUGUGUGAAAUCUAUUUUAUGUAAAGUCUCUGCAGAAAUAAAAGAAUCAAUGUGG